AUGCGAACUGCCCUCGUCAAGGUGUCCAACGUCCCCUUGGACCAGCUUGAUCCGCUGGUCAAGCUUUGGGCCAAUGAGGUCAGAGAGCUAUCUUAUGUCAUCGAGGACAGCCUCGACUCCUUCAUGGUGUUCUUCCAAGGACUUGAGCCAACCAAGCCCCACACCACCUUUGUGGCUUUCAUCAACAAUAUGCGCAACAAGAUCACUGAGUUCAAGAUGCGCCACAAAAUAGCCAAUGACAUCAAAGACAUCGAGAGCCAGGUCACGAAGGUGAAGGAAAGGUAUGAUCGGUACAAGGUCCACGGUGUUGCUGCUAAUCUUGCCACAACCAUGGUUGACCCUCGUCUAUCAGUCAUGUAUAACAAGGUGUCUAACCUUGUUGGCAUUGACAAGCCAAUUGAUGAGAUAAUGAAGAGCUUGUCCGAGGGCUGUCAUAUGGCCGAGAGAUCAAAGCUCAAGACCGUCUCCAUUGUUGGAUUUGGAGGGUUGGGCAAGACAACUCUUGCCAAAGCGGAAUAUGACAAGCUUAACAAGAAAUUCGACUGCGUUGCUUUCGUCCCAGUGGGUCAGAAUCCUGACAUGAAAAAAGUUCUUGGGGACAUCAUUCAUGAACUUGGCCUGCAAAUGUGUAAUGUUGCAUCGGUGAUGGAUGUAAGGCAGCUCAUCAAUCAUCUGCGCAAAUUCCUUUUGAAUAAGAGGUACUUGAUUGUUAUCGAUGAUAUAUGGGAUGUACAAACAUGGGAUUUGAUUAAAUAUGCUUUUCCGCACAAUAAUCUUGGAAGCAGAAUAAUGGCAACUACUUGUAUUUGUGAAGUUGCCAAAAAAGUUGGUGGUAUUUACAACAUGAAACCGCUCAGUGAUGAUAACUCCAAAAAAUUAUUCUCCACCAGAAUAUUCGGUGAGGAAGGUACCAGUCUUGAUAACCAAUUUGUUGAAGUAUCUGAUAAAAUUUUAAGGAAAUGUGGUGGUGUGCCAUUAUCCAUCAUUACAAUAGCCAGCUUGCUUGCUAGUAAACAGAGGGAGGAUUGGCCUAUGGUUUAUGAUUCUAUUGGUUUUGGGCAUGAAGACAAUGAAGUUGUUCAGAACACUAGAAAGAUAUUGUCCUUUAGCUAUUACUAG